GAAAGAAAAAGCACCACUGAGAAACCAACGAGUACAUAUUGCCAGCUUCUUUCUAAUUAUUCAUCACUCCAUUUAGUAGGAGUAUAGUACUCUGCUGCAUUACCUAGCUAUAUAGCAGCUAGCUCUCAGCCUCUAUCCCUUUAACUUUCUUUCUCAUUUAUACCAUUUGGUCCAUUUUCUUGUGGUGGGGGAAAGAAGGAAUCUCAAGGAGAGAAAGAAAGAACAGAGAGCUGUAUCUCUUUUGAAGGCAAGAGUCGUUAACUUUGUUGUGUUGUCUGCUAAAGAAGGAGCUAGAAUUUUACAUGAAGAAGGCUUGAUUAAUUAGAGAGGACAGCAGGGAGAAAAUGUACUCAAUAUGGCUGUAUUUGAAAGAGAACAUGAGUUGCAAAAGUACUGAUUUUAUUGGAUAUUGCCAAGGUAAAGUUUGCGAUAAGAAUAAAAGGAACAAGAAAAAGAACAAGAACAGGGUUGAAAGAAUGAGCAGAGAUAAGAAGAUGGUGAAAAGUUUGAGUUUCAGGCGAACGAGUCACAGCCAAGAACGUUUUUACCAGCUGAAUGUUGGAGAUCCAUCAAGGAACGUAAUUGAGAAGAUUUUCCAAACCUCUACUGCUACAACGAAGAAUGCUAGCACCAUCGAACGAGUUGUAAGAGUGAGAAAUUCGCCAGAGACCCUCGAAAGGUUCGAACAGUACAGAGAGAUGGUGAAGAAGCAAGCCAAGUACUGCGACAACUCUUUUACAUACCACCCAAGAAAUGUCGUUGAUGGAAAUGAAGUACUGAAGUUUUACAGCACAACCAUGAGUUGCUGCUCAAGGCAGCCGAGCAAAGUCUCUGAGCUUUGUCAUAACACUGAUUGUGAUGUAUGUAGAAUGAUUCGGACAGGUUUUGAUACGGAUGAUGCCAUGAAGACAGGGCUUGCACAUUGGAACUCAAGUUCGAAUUUCAUUGAGAACUUGGUUUUUGUUGACAGGAGAGAAAAUUUAAAAAGAGCUGUGGUAAUCUGCAGAGUCAUAGCUGGAAUGGCAGCUAAUACGGUUGGUGAUCAAGUAGAAAGUGAUUAUGAAGGAUGUGAUUCAGAUGGUAGUAAUAUCAAGGAAGGACUAUGUUCCAAGAUAGAACAUUUAUCUGUAAGAAAUUCCGAUGCUGCUCUUCCUUGCUUUGUCAUAAUUUUUGACUAAUGGCUAAUGAGUUAUGGGUUUCAACAUUUCAAUGUAAGGCACAGAAAAGAUUCAAAUUAAACUCAUUCUCAUUUAACUACU